AUGAGCACGACUAAUCUCUACACAGCGGGAGACGGUCUGUUCGGUACUCAUGUCACACUGGAGGACAUCGAACAGGAUAUGCAAAUAGCCCUAAACACCACUGCGUCGUUUGGAGCUAACGUAUCUGUCGAUGAUAUAGGAGAAUACAAGAGUUUCAUGUCUAGGAUUGUACUCGUUGAGCCGGACUGGCAGCCUAUGGAUAAGGAACUCCCAGAGAAGCUCUUAGUUAAG